CACUCUGUCUUUGAACCACUUCCACAGCGCCCCCAUACAGACAAGCCUGACGAAACCCUAGCCGCCAAAAAUGCCUCCAAAGUUCGACCCCUCUCAGGUCGUGGACGUGUACGUCCGAGUCACCGGUGGCGAGGUGGGCGCGGCGAGUUCGCUCGCCCCGAAGAUCGGGCCGCUGGGUCUCUCUCCGAAGAAGAUCGGAGAGGACAUUGCCAAGGAGACAGCGAAGGACUGGAAGGGCCUGCGCGUGACGGUGAAGCUCACCGUGCAGAACCGUCAGGCCAAGGUCUCGGUGGUCCCCUCCGCCGCGGCGCUCGUCAUCAAGGCGCUGAAGGAGCCCGAGCGCGACCGCAAGAAGACGAAGAACAUUAAGCACAGCGGCAACAUUUCACUCGACGACGUCAUCGAGAUCGCGAAGGUCAUGAGCCCUAGAUCCAUGGCCAAGGACCUCUCUGGCACCGUCAAGGAGAUCCUCGGCACGUGCGUCUCCGUCGGGUGUACGGUCGACGGCAAGGACCCCAAGGAUCUGCAGCAGGAGAUCGCUGACGGCGACGUCGAGAUUCCCCUAGAUUGAGAACGAGAGUGAGGCUUUUUAAGCUUACUCUUAUCAUUUUUGGAUCUUAAAAGUUGAAAUUUUAUGGAUUUUUUUUUGGUUUUUAUUAUGUCUCCGAAGUUUAGUUUACUUUACAAAGCUUGAAUGAUAUCUCUGGACUAGUGUGGGAUGUUUUAUUCGAAUGAGGAGCUGUAAUGUUUUUUAAGUUAA